CCAGCAUUUCUCAAGAGGAAACUAUCCUGUUUAAUCAAGUAGCAUUGUACCACACGAGCUUCAAAAUUUUCCUCAGGCUCAGGCCUAGCUAAAACCUCGGUUUCCUUCGCAACCUGCCUAGCCUCUUCCUGCGCCACUGAGUGGAUACAAUAAGUCUGUUUUUGAGAACCCAAAUUCACAGUUUUACCCUUUCCAUCCCCGCAGUCCAAACUCCUGUGGCCUAAUUUACCACACAUCCAGCACUUUAUUUCCCUGUACCCAGUAUAAUUAUUUUUAUUUCCUUCUCCUUCAGUGGGACCAAUGUUAGUCAGGGCCUUGUCAGUUGGACUUUUAGUUUGUGGCAUAUUUCCCUUAUUUGUCACUGAGGUGUUCCAAAGGCCCAGUGAUGGCUCUGUGGAUUUUGACCAGGACUGGGAUUCUUGGAAGAGAGCUUUUGGAAGCCAGCUGACGGAAUUCUGGCUGGGAAAUGACCACCUUCACCUGCUGAGCUCCUUGGCCAAGGACAGACAGCAGGAGCCCAAGAAGAGGAAAUGGGCAGAGGUGUAUCAAGGAGUCUGGUGCUACGACGACUGCCACCUCUACAACGCCCACCCCUCCUUUGCAGAUGGGCUGAACUGUGAAAGUGGCCAGGAGGACCACGAUUGCUCCAAGCACUCAGAAAUGACAUUCAGGAGCAUGUCAUCCCCUGGCUUGAUGUUUUCCUUUCCUCCAGAGGCUCUGUGUGUCUUUCAUCCCCUGAUGGGGUGGGCUGGAGGUUUGACUUCAGGGUGGUUUUUUUAGGCCAUUCCUCCAAGGUGAUUUUGUUCCCUCAGAUGCCCCCUUUCUCUAUCUUUUUGGCUUCCUUUUGGGCCUCGUAGGAUUUUAUCUUUGGGGGGUUCUCUUUAUUGGGGUUAGGUGUGCCAGGUCUCCCCUAUCUACCUUCCCACGGGCAGGACAGCUUUUUCUGAAUAGGUUCCAGGGUCCUUCUCCCUU